AUGUCUGAGGCAGACCUGGACAGCUCUCUCAUCAGGCAAAUGUUUCGCACUCUCUCCUCGUACUCGGUCUCGGGUAAAAUUGCAGUGAUCACUGGAAGCUUCCAUGGAAUCGAUCUUGUUGUCGCCCAUGUUUGUGUGUACGCGAAGGUGUCUCAUAUCAUUCUCGUCGGUUCUCGGGAAUGCACCUUAAUGACAGCCAAGGGGCAUCUGAAAGUAUCUGUCGAAGAGUGCGGUGCAUCAACACGCAUUUAUAUGCAUACGGCGGACAUCACGGACAUCGAUCGAAUUGCUUCCAUUUUCUUCGGAGUGCGACGAAGAAUCGGCAUCCCUGAUCUAUUGAUUCUCUGCACGCCUAGCAGGUGCCCGAGCAGACCCGUGCACGAGUAUACGAUCGAAGACGUUACUCAACACUUGGAUCUUAACGACAAAAGCAAGAAAGGCUUUAUACGCAACUUCUUAACGCCCGGCACCCGCAAGAGAAAGACUCUUAUCGACCUCUCCAUCAUCGCCAAUGAACAUCUGCCCAAUUUGGUCUCUGGGCAGGAAAUUAAAGCCCACAGCCAUUUUUUGGCUUACGCAUGGAAGAAAGAUAGAGAUUGGUUCCUUACCUUUCAAGACAUCCUUCACGGCCUCGUCACGACAAAGAGACUCGGAGAGAAGCUCAACAGGCGAAGCCAGGCUUGGGUUGUCGCUGAUAUAGAUCCUGCCUAUCGGCUCGCGCUGUGGCGCCUGCCUGAAAAGACCGCUUCAACAUUUGACGGCAUGAUACUUGGGAGUGAAUCAGUACUGGAGCAAGCUAAGGCUGCCCAAUUACUCAAGCAACGGGCACGAAUAGUGAAUGUUCUACCAGAAGGAGGGGGAAACUGA